ACUAGAUUCUUUUUCUUUAAGUUCUGUAUUUUAAUCACUAAGAAUUAUGGAGGACAGUGAUGCAAAGCUCAGAGAAGAAAUAGAAGCUGAAUUGGAUAAAAUCAGCAUUUCUUCCUUGGAAAAUGAUGAGGUUGAAAAUGAUUCAGAAUCAGAAACUCAGAGUGACAGUAGUGAUACUGAUUUAGUUGAAUUGCCAGAGUCAGUUCUACACUGUAUCAGCAUCAUAAAGAAGAAGAGCAAGACUGCUGAAGAGCUCUUUCUUCAGGACUUAGAGGAUACUGAUGUCUUCAGUUGUAGUUAUGGUACAGUUUCUAACAGUCAUAUGAGUUUGAGGACUGGAUCAUCAGCUGAAUCAAAAGCAAAUUCUCAGCAGUUAAUGAAGAUAUUAUCUGUAAUAGAAAAGGAAGAAUUUGUGAGAAGUCUAACUCAUUCUGCCAGGUCCGAUUCUGUCCCUGAGCCUGUUGCUCUUGACACAGCCAUGGAUGAAUAUGCUUUACCAGAUGAUGCUGAUUUGAGUUUUGGAUACUUUGAAGUAGAAGAAAGAUGUAGAAAGUCUUUUGAAGCUUGGCAGGACAAACAGAAAGAACUCGAAGAAAAAGAUAAAGAAACUCUUGAAGCUCAGAGUGAUAUAGAAAAACAGAAAUUUCAAGAAGACGAUGAAAAGAGACAUUGCUGGAUAAAACAGUUUGAAGUUGAAAAGGAAAAGUUAGAGACCCUUCAGAAGCAAGACCAGGACAAAAUGAAUGAUGUACUUCAUGAAGAAGAGAAAAUAUGGAAAGAAAAAUAUAGAGAGCAUGAGGAACUCAUUAGAAACUUGAAUUUACAAAUGGAGGAAGAAAGAGCAAGAUUAAGUGAGCUACAGGAAAAAGAAAAGGCACGCUUGCUAACACUGCAGCAAAAUGCAGCUGUAAAAAUCCAAGCUAAAUAUAGAGCAUUUGUAACUUCCCGAAAAUACAGCCCUAUCAUAAGAGAGCAAAUAGAAAAGAAGAAAAGGAAAGCACAGGAGUGGAAAGAGAAGGAAGCAAAGAUCCGACAAAUGGAGGAAGAGAGAAGAAGAAGAAUGGAAGAGGAGCGGAGGAUUGAGGAGGGGAGAAGGAAGAAGAUGUUGGAGGAAAAGAGGAGGCGGGAAAGGGAAUACGAAGAGAAAAAGAGCAUCCUGAGACAAGAGCGAGAGGAGCAACGAAACAAGGAAAAGAUGAGACCCAGGGAAGAUGCCCGCCAACCGCUGAUCAUUACCUGUGCUUUAGAGAAAGGGGAAGGUCGUGCCAAGCAGCCAGCUGUUGCAAAUGUGUCCAAGAAUAAGGAUGCUAUAGACAAAGAGUUAGCGGACACCAACUCAAAGAAGCAAGAAAAUGCUUGUCUAGUUCAGCAAUCAAACAAGAGAGAAAAUGUCCGUAAACAGCUUACACUGAGAGAGUCAACAGGGGUAAAACUAAAACCAAGCCAGGCCAUUUUGGCCGAAUUAAAAGUGAAUGAAAAAAGUGAGACCUCACCAAAGAAACAAUGUUCAGAAGAACUGGCUAACCAAGAAAUUGACUUAGAAAAUAUAGACCAAAAAAAUGAACUGAAAAACUCAGACGUAAAGGAAAAUGUCAGUACACAGUGCCUGGGCCAGGAACUAAAGUCGCAGACUCAAAAAGAGGACAGUGUGGAGCAUGCCACACAGGAGAACAUGGGCCAGGAGACCCAAAUAAUGUUUGCAUACAAACCGGAAAUGAAUGAAGCGGACAGUAAUGGAACACAGGAAGCCAUCAAAGAGAGACUGGCUGAAAAGAUAGAAAAAAUGGACAUAACAGAGCAAGGCGAAUCACUGUGUGAGAAUGGUCCUUCAACUACUCCCAUGCAAAAAGACCUACUAUCAGAAAAUCCCGAACCUGUAGAAAGAAAUGUAACGCUAGGAGACAAAGAGCUUGAUUUGGAAUCAAAAAGAGUUGAGGAAAUCCCGAAAGACAGUGUACAGACUUGUGAUCCUGUGGUCAUUAGUGCAGAUGCCUGGGUGCACAAGGAAGACAGGACAAACCAGCAGGGAUCUGUCUCAGGCAAACAGGAUCCUACGGAAGAGGAGGCUGGCAGUCACAGAGCUCAAAGCCCCCUGCUCAAGGAAGAAGGGGAUUCUCCUAAGUCUGAGAUUAAAGACAUUCCAGAGCAAACUAAGGCUGGAAGUGACAGUGUCCUGGCCUGCUCUGUUUCACAGGUAUCCAUUUUAUCUUCAGUUGAGGAAAGGAGACUAGCUUGGACGAAGUCAUUUAAACCUUGGUCGGAAAUCUUUGAGCAAAAUCAACUCAAGAAAACCAUUAAAAAAAAGAGACUUACGAAGUGUCCAGCAAAUACAAUGCCUCCUUUGGAUACAUCAGCCAUUCUCCAGCAUGGCCCUUGGGAUACUUUACAACAGGUCACAGCCAUUACAUUUCAGGAUUUGCCUGGCUGUAGUCUCUCUACGCUGACAGAAUGUACCAAUCUUCAGCUUCUCUCCCUCCGACGCUGUGGAUUAACUUCCUUGCAUGGCCUGAACCACUGCAAAAACCUCAAGUAUAUCGAUGCACAGGAAAACCAAAUUGAGAAUGUCAAUUGUGAAAAUUUGGAAAAUCUCUGCGUUCUUCUUCUUAAUAAAAACCUGCUGACUUCUAUUCAUGGUUUGGAUGGAUGCACUAAUAUCCAAAAACUUGAAGUUUCACAUAACAAAAUCACUCGAAUAAGUGGUUUAGAAUCUUUGAAAUACCUUCAACAAUUAACUGUGGAUCAUAAUCAGUUAAUUAGCACUAAAGGGCUCUGUGAAGCACCCACCAUCAUAUACUUGGAUUGUUCACACAAUAAUCUUACUGAUGUUGAUGGCAUUGGAAAUUGUGGAUUGCUCCAAACUGUAAAGUUGCAGGGAAAUUACCUGAGAGAGCCUCCAUCCUUAAAGAAUCAUGUUCUACUUCGAGAAUUGCAUUUGGAUGACAAUAGCAUCUUAAACAUGGAAAUACUUUCUUCAUGUUGGCUUCCUUUACUUCAGGAGCUUAGUAUCUCUCAAAACAGUUUAACAACAAUUGUACCACUGUUCCAUUUUGUGUCUUUGGAAAAACUAGAUGUCAGCAAUAAUUGUCUUUCUGAUCUUUCGAGCAUCAUGUGUUGGUUCAAUGCAUGCUACUCUCUCCGUGAGCUUUGUCUCACCGGAAACCCAGUACUUCAGGAAAUCAACUGGAGGCAUUCUGUCCUUCAGCUACUUCCUGCCCUGAGAAUACUCAAUGGUGACAUGCUGAACUCUCACUCUGAUUUCCAUGUUGAAGAGCAGCACUUCCAUCAAGACCUAGCAUGUUUCCUGGCGCUUUGUCAGUACCAGCUUCAAGAGUUCAACUUAUUAACUGAGAAGUGUAUCACACAGAAGGGGGACAUUCUCACUUUGCAUGCUGCAGACAAACUCUGUCAUUACUAUAAGAACUUAAUGAAAUUCAGUAAUGAAUGCAGACAUGCCCAUGAACAUGGGGAUGUGACUGUCAUCAAAAGGGCUGAACCAGAAACCAAGAAAAACCACCCAGCCCUUUCCAACACCAACAGCACACUGCAAAACAAGGCCUUUCAGUCUUGCACUGACAACUAUGAAGCAGAUUCACCAAAUACUUCUGAAGACCUCAUGGACCCUGGCUGCGGACCUUCCCCACUGACCUGUAAAGAAGCUGAAGGAAGAAAUCAGGAGGAAAUCAUGGUACAAAAGAAUGAGCCCAGAAGCAUAAAUAGUCCCUCCACCAGAAGAGCCUCGUUCAUGGAAACGAAGAUGACAAAUUCUCCAAUGAGUAAUCAUCAAAGUACUGAACUCAGUGAAACAAGUAAGGCAGCUGUGUUAAUCCAAUCCCAAUGGCGGAGUUACAUUGCACGCAGACAGGUUGAUUUCUCUGCAAAAGUGACUCCUACCAGUGCAGAACCCCUGCAAAAUCCCUUCACCAAAACCUGGACCACUUCAAAUAAAGGGAGAAGAGAAAAUAUUAUGGAUAUCCAAGAACAGAGGGAGAAGGCUGCUCUUCAUAUUCAGGCAGUUUGGAAGGGCUUUAUUUUACGAAAGAAACUGGCAACGGCCCUGGAGGCUAUCAGGAAUGAAGAAUCUGGAGAGGAAUACGAAGAAAUAGAUUUAGAGGAUUUUGAAUAUGAUGAGGAUGCCUUGGAGAAAGACUGGCCAGUUUUAGAUUCCACCAGCUUCCGUUCACAAACACCGCCUCUCUCCAACCAGCUGCCCUGGCCAAAGAAUGCUCAGACUUUGAAACAUGAUGAAACUUCCCUCACUCUGCCAACUUGCCCAGCUCAGGCAUGGCCAUGCAGUGAGAAAGAAAAUUUGUUUACAUCUGAGCACACACAGUUAAGUAGCAGAUCAGAAAACAGAACUUUAUCCUGGACAACCGAAUCAAACACAAGUUGGAAGAGUUUACUGCAAUCUGAAAAAGAAGAAAAAAUUUCAGAAGAGUGGGGCUUUAAGGAUAUUUCUACAGCUCAGCAGAUGCUAAAGAGAGCACAGAAAAUGAAAUCAAAAAAAAUAAGGAAGAAAUUAGAACCCUCUGUACGACUAGCAAUAUUCAGAAAACACAAAAGCGAUGUUUCUGUUACAAAGUCAUCAAAGAGGACACAACUCAGGAGAGAUGACUACUCUGAAGGUGAGGACGAAGAUGCCCUCUUCAAGCCGAUCACUGCGAAUGAAAAGUUACAAAAGACUAAUGAGUAUACCUACCAGUGGCUUCAUACACAAGUUGCCUUUCCAGAAACAACUAGUCCCAGAACCCUGAAAUGCAAUCACUUCUUGCCUGAGUUAGAUCCAGAUGUGCUUAAUGGUGGAAGAGUUCAACUUGUGGCAAGACUUGUAAGCAGAGAAGACACGGAUUUAGACCUUUUUUCCAUGACCAGUGGAAACGCUUUGUCUGUGAACAGAGAAAAAAAAGCCAGGCACACAGAUACUCAUCGGGAUCCUCAAGUAAGCUAUGGUUUCCUUCAGAAUUAAUUUAGAAAUCACAG